GACACUUUCAUUCCGCUCUCGGACAGAGAGAGAGAAAGAGAGUCUUUGCUGAUGGCUUGAGGUAGGAGGGGGACCAUGGCAGAAGCCAUCUCUGGUGACUAAGGAAACAAAGAACACCGCUGAAGGAUUUUGGAUACCUGUGCAUUUCAAAGAGGUUGAAGACUUUGAAGCAUUUGUGUCAAGCCAUCCAGUUUGCAAAACAGAUGGGAUUUGGUUCUACCAACCUUUCUUCUGGGAAAAUGCACUGAAUCAGAGGCUGUGCCUAAUAUGCUGGUUUUGACCUUUACCUCUACUGGAAUGGAUCCCAAUGCAUGACUUCGUUACCAUGGUGAUGAUCUUAACUACAACUCUGGAAAACAAAGGUGCUGAUUCUCUAUCAUGCAGGCUGAAAUUGCACACGCCAAAGAAGAUGAGUCAAGGACCUACUCUCUUUUCUUGUGGAAUUAUGGAAAAUGACAGAUGGAGAGAUCUCAGUAGGAAAUGUCCCCUUCAGAUCGAUCAGCCAAGCACCAGCAUUUGGGACUGCCUGCCUGACAAAAGCGAAGAAAGCACCAUAUGGCAGAGAGAGGCAGCUAGCACAUGCGCAGUGACCAACUUGAUCAAAGACCUCAGCCUCAGUGACCGCAAUGGCAAUCCCUCAGCACCUCCCAGCAAACGCCAAUGUAGGUCGCUCUCUUUUUCUGAUGAGAUGUCUAGCUGUAGGGCUUCAUGGAGGCCUAUAGGAUCAAAGGUCUGGACUCCUGUAGAAAAGAGACGGUGUUACAGUGGCGGAAGUGUCCAGCGCUAUUCCAAUGGAUUCACCACCAUGCAGAGAAGUUCAAGCUUUAGCCUUCCUUCCAGGUCAAACACUCUUUCCUCAUCCUACGACCAGUCUGCAUUUAGCAACAGAUUAGGAUGUCAGCCAUGCCAAGGAAUGAGAAGGUCAGCCACUUAUGGGCAGGCGAGUGAUAUCUGGGGCAGCGACCAUGGCUCUGUAGAAGGUGGCAGGGUUGACAUCCAGCGGUCUCUCUCCUGCUCCCAUGAUCAGAUUUCUUUUUCGGAAUAUUGCCAGCCCUCAGCCAGCAGCACACCUGCCUCAACCCCAGAGCUGACAAGGCGCUCCAAUGGGCUUUCCCGAAGCCGGUCCCAGCCAUGUGUCCUUAACGACAAGAAAGUUGGAAUUAAACGACGGCGGCCUGAAGAAGUAAAGGAACAAAGACCUUCACUGGAUCUUGCCAAGAUGACCCAGAAUUGUCAGACUUUUAACAGCCUUAGCUGCCUUAGCAUCACAGCGGAUGAUUGCUCUCAACAGAAUCAGUUCUCACCUGGCAUCGGCGGCACCAAGUCAUGGACAACAGCAUCCCUUUGCACCUUGGACGUCAUGCCAGGCAGGACACCAGCCUGCACCCCUGUGCCAGAGCCACACUCAAACGCAGAAGAAUGUAAAUCUAGCAAAGAAGAUUUCUCCUACGAGGAAUCAGAGUUUUGUGCCACAGAAGAUGAGAGCAGUAGGAAAGAAGAGGACAACUCCUCAUGGAGGAACAGUGGGACAGGAGGGGAUAACAUCUUUCAGUUGGAUGGCGAGUUAGAUAUUGAGCAGAUAGAAAACAACUGAGAAGACAAAGUGGGAUGAUCUGUCUGCAUCAAACCUUUUAGGAGUGGUAAGAUCUCACAGGUUGUCAAUGCAGGCAGGAAAGAAAGUCCACAUUUUUCUUCUCCACUGAAAGGUGGUAGAGGACAAGAAGCUUUGCCAAAAUUUCAUCAGGUAUCUUGUUAAACCUUGAAACUCUUUUAGAACUACUGUAGCCCGUGAGGUUUUGUAAACAUACUUUAGAGAAAACCUCUGAAUUAUAUCAGCACAUAAAAAAAAGCUUUGUGGAUGAAUCAAAACUUGAAAUUGUGGAAUGUUAGAAUAUUAGCAACUAAAAUGUUUUUUUAAGUGUCUGGAACAGGGCUUAAACAAAAAGUAAGGAAAGACCAGAAAGUCUGUCGCUUAGCUUCAUUCACAAAUAGGCAAUGUCAAUAUCUAGACAGGCAGCUGGUUCAUCCUGGUUCAUGGGAAUCCUGAUCCACUUUGGCUUUUGGUAAAGAGUAGAAUAUUCAUUUU